AUGGCAGAGUACCCAGUUGCCUACAAUGGCACCAUUGCCACUGGCGGUGACUCGCUUCACGAUGACCUAAACAUCUAUUACAGUUCUGGUGAUAUUGGAUGGGUGAUUAUCUCCUCAGCCUUGGUGCUGCUGAUGAUUCCUGGAGUCGGAUUCUUCUAUUCUGGUCUUGCCCGUCGAAAGUCGGCACUAUCCCUGAUAUGGCUGUCCAUCAUGUCGGUCGGUGUGGUCUCGUUUCAAUGGUUCUUCUGGGGAUACUCACUGGCAUUUUCCCAUUCUGCUGGUGCUUACAUUGGCAAUCUUGACAACUUCGGCUUCAAAGGUGUGCUGGGUGCGCCCUCGGUGGGGAGUGACAAGGUUCCCGACCUCCUAUUUGCUAUUUUCCAGGGCAUGUUCGCUGCUAUUACGGUUGCUCUCGCCGUUGGUGCCGUUGCCGAGCGUGGCCGUAUGCUCCCCUGCAUCAUUUUCAUGUUCAUUUGGACCACGAUUAUCUAUGACCCCAUCGCCUGCUGGACCUGGAACUCAUCGGGUUGGGUGUUCAAGCUCGGAGGACUCGACUUUGCUGGUGGCACUCCUGUUCACAUUGCUUCCGGAUCUGCAGCUCUUGCUUACUCCUUGAUGCUGGGCAAGCGCCGUGGCCAUGGUACCCACGAGCUCAACUACCGUCCCCACAACGUCACACAUGUUGUCAUUGGCACAGUCUUCCUGUGGGUCGGCUGGUUUGGAUUUAACGCUGGCUCUGCCCUCUCAGCUAACCUCCGUGCUGUCAUGGCUGCUGUCGUUACUAACCUCGCCGCUUCCGUUGGAGGUGUAACCUGGUGUCUGUUGGACUACAGACUGGAGCGAAAGUGGUCCACCGUUGGGUUCUGCUCUGGUGUUAUUGCUGGUCUUGUUGCUAUUACACCUGGCUCUGGCUUCGUUACUCCCUGGGCCGCCUUCAUCUUUGGUGUCGUAGGCGCCAUUGCGUGCAACUAUGCCACAAAGCUGAAGUUCCUAAUUGGUGUCGAUGACGCGUUGGACAUCUUUGCCGUCCACACCGUCGGUGGCUUGGUCGGAAACUUGCUGACUGGUCUCUUUGCUGCUGAUUACAUAGCUCACCUUGAUGGUGUCACUGAGAUCGAUGGUGGUUGGAUCAACAAGAACUAUAUCCAGCUAGGAUACCAGCUCGCCGACUCUGUGACUGGAUUUGCCUAUUCCUUCUUUGGAACCUGCCUUAUCCUAUUCCUCAUGAACCUGAUCCCCGGUCUCAGUCUUCGUGCCCCCGAGGAAGAUGAGAUUAUGGGCAUUGACGACGCCGAGAUUGGCGAGUUUGCUUACGACUACGUUGAAGUGACCCGCGAUAUUAUCAAUGGCACUGAGUCCAGUGAAGUUGGCUCCAAGCGAACAAUGACACCCACUGGUGAGACGACUGUCGACACCAAGGCAUGA